AUGGCACCGAAACGCACACACGAUGGCGAUCCUGCACCAGCAACCAAAGCCCCCGCAGUCAAGAAGCGCAAGGGCUUCAGCGUCGGACCGGCGAAUCUCCCAGAUGGCACAUAUCGACGAAAGACUCAAAAGAUCAAGAACGACCUGAUCCAAAAAGCCAAAGUAAAGAAAGCCUACGCAAAGAUCAAAGCCCAAGAAGAAGCCAACGCACCACAAAAGUCCGUCUACGACACCUACGUAGACGAAGACGCCGAAGCCAAAAAGAAGGAUGAAACGCCCACCGAAGAUGCUACCACUUUGGAACUUCAUCCAGAUCGCAUCGCCAUGUUGAACGAGCCCGAGCCCCAACCAGCGCCUGCGCGCGCGCCUAGACCAGAACGGCGUCCGCGGGGAGAGGGUCGGCCCAGGGAGCGUCGACCUAAGCCAUCAGCUUUUUCGAAGGAGAUGGAAAUUGCUGAGGAGCGGAGGAGGGCUGCUGAGGCUCGGAGGAAGGAUCGCGAGGCGAAGCAGAAGGAGCGUGAGGCUAUGCUUCGCGCGAAGCGGCCGGAUCAGUUUGGGAAGAGACGGUUGGGGAGGGAGAGUAAUGCACUGUUGAGUCGGGUGCAGCGGAUGGUUGGUCAGAAUUAG